UUCGUCAGUGCACUCAGUCCGUGAUUGGUGUGAGUGCUGACAGGAGAGCUCAGUCAAUUGGGAGUAACACAGUUCUAUGAACUAAAAAAAUAGUGGUGGUCAAGGAAUUUUCCUCGGAAUAAUAACUGGAAUCCCAAUUGUCGUGUUAACGUGAACUGAACAAUUGAAUUAGCACUUAAUUUAAUUUAAUUGCAUCGAAAAAUGGCUGAGAGUAAGAGUGCGUUAAUCGCAAAGACAGUGCAAAAACACGCCGGCAGGGCCAAAGAGAAGUUCCUUCAGAAUUUGGGGAAAGUCGAUAGGACUGCGGAUGACAUUUUCGACGAGCACCUGCAGAAUUUCACCAGACAACAGAAUGCAGCUAACAAACUGCAAAAGGAAUUCAAUAACUACAUAAGAUGUGUUCGUGCUGUACAAACAGCAUCAAAGACGCUUAUGGAUACACUCAAUGAAGUUUAUGAGAGCCAAUGGACUGGCCAUGAUCUUUUAUACGUUCAGGCACAGAAUUUGGAUAUGCUGUGGCAAGACUUCACUCAUAAAUUGGCGGAUCAAGUACUUGUACCUCUCAACACAUAUCAGAGCCAAUUUCCGGAGAUGAGAAAAAAAAUCGACAAACGCGGACGCAAGCUGGUGGAUUACGACAGUCAAAGACACAGUUUUCAGUCGUUACAGUGCAAUCCAAAGAAAAGGGAUGAGUUGAAAGUAACGAAAGGGAAGGAAUUAUUGGAAGAAGCUAAACGAACGUACGAGCAGUUGAAUUCAGAGUUGCACGACGAAUUGCCAGCACUCCAUGAUUCUCGUGUCCUAUUCCUCGUCACUAAUCUGCAGACGCUGUUUGCUGCUGAACAAGUAUUUCAUGGUGAAAGUGCUAAGGUUUUCUCGGAAUUAGAAGCAAUUGUUGACAAAUUGGCUAACGGCAGCCAGAGAGGCCCAUACACAUUGAAAAAGAUUUCCGAUCUACCGUCACCAAAAUCACCGAACGCAAACUCUUCAUUGAUAAUCAACACGCAACCGCCACCCCAAAACGAUAUUUCAGCUGUUUGUUUGUCGCGUGUUACAGCGGAUGAAGAAUCGACAGUUGAGAGUGGGGAUACAUCGCCAACUACUCAGUUGAAUGGCAAUGCAAAUAGUAAUUCUAACAGCAAUGAUAACUCAAUCAAUAAUCAAACUUCACCACAGUCCGUACAGCCGGCUAAGAGGGUCGAGGAAUUGUAUGAUAUACCCACAGACGUGGAAUAUGAAAAUGGUACCAAUUUUUCCCUAGGAGCUACCACCGAAAACUUGCCACCAGGUGUGUUGUACAGGGUGAAGGCCACUUACAAGUACAGUCGCGAGGACGCUGACGAGCUCUCUUUCGAUGUUGGGGAAAUAAUUCGAGUGGUGGAGUACGACGAUCCCGAGGAGCAGCAGGAGGAGGGCUGGUUGAUGGGAAUGAAAGAGGGCACUAACGAGAAAGGAAUGUUCCCAGCGAAUUUCACUAAACCCUUGUGAGCAGAAGUGCUCAAUUUGCCAGUCACACUCCAAUGCUCACGAAAAAGAAAAAUUAAUUAGAAAAUAAUUGCGAAUGAAAAUAAAAGAAACUAUUGAAACAACGUAUUUUACUAAUAAAAGAGUAGGUAAGAGAGGUAAAUUUUUAUGCGAGAAAAUAAUGAGUCAUAUGACGUGAAAAACUGAAAUUUGAAUAUCGUAAAAAUUUUAAUAAUUUCUCAUCUAAAAAAAGAAAAAUGAAAAGUGGAUGGACUAUUACCAAUCGUUAAAUGAUGAGAAAAUAUUCUUGUAAUUAAAUGACAUAUUUUUAUUCGAAAAACUGUAACAUUUGAUUCACUAAUUUUCAUGACGAAAAAUGUAUUAAUUUCGAAAAAUAUUUUUAUUCUAUGUUACUUCGAGAAGGGAGAAAGAAUAUCCGUUUGACGAAUGGGAACAAAUAUUGCUUUGUUUUUGAUAAUUUUUUCCCUCACAGUAUAACGAUGAAAAGAAUUAAACAAAAUAAAAUAUAUGUAAUGAUAUUUUAUGAUGGUUAAUGCUGGAUGGUACUGCGGAUAUAUGAAUCAGCCCAAUGUGCCUUAACCCAGCCACACUGUCUGUGCCAAUUGACACUCACUGCUUUCAUAAUGUGAGAUUUUUUCUUCUCAUAUCAAAACAAACGAAAUAAAUAGCGUAUACACAUUACUAAUAAUCAAAGGAGUUAAUACGAAUUAAAAUACAUGUAACAUGGUAUACGAUGAGAAAAAAAAAUCACAAAUUUGGUAAUGAAGCUAAGAUAAUGUGUUUCAUCAAAAAUAUAUGAAUGAAUCGAGAACCACGGUAAUUAUUGUCUUCCACUACUAAUUACGAUUCUCCAAGACUUGAUUAUCGUCUUCACACAAUGAAAAUGAAUUUCUGAUCUGUUUUUCCAAUUAUACAUUUUACUUUGUUUUUUUUUGGUAUUAAGUCUUUUGACAUUUUGUAAUAUUUCUGUUUUAUACUUCUCCCUCGAGAUUUUUCCCAGUAUUUGUAAUUAGUUAUGGAAGCACAAUAUGCCAGCCAAAACGUUACAAUACAUAUACAUAUUGAAUUACUAUUAUUUUAUGAAAUUGUACAUAGAUUUAUAAAGUCUAAGGUUAUUUUAUGAAAUACCUUUGUAACGAUGCGAAAAAAACUGUCGAAAUUUAAAGAAUAAAAAAAUAACGAAUUAAUGGUUGAUAAGAGAAUAACAUAAAAGAGAUAAUAUUAGACUAGUGAAUGACGAUUCAACAGCCAAAUUUUGAAGGUCCAACAACGUCCAUCUAUUAAUCAAUAUAAACAUGGAACAAUAUACAAUGUUGAUGCCUGCUUUUUAGAGAAGAUCAUAGAAAAGAUAAGCUAUAUUAAAAAGGAACAAUAAUAAAUUAUUAAAGAUUAAUUGACUCGAUAAAGUCUCGAAUUGAUAACAAUGACUUUUUAUCCUCAAUGAAAGAAAACAAAUGAUAUACGAUAAAUUCAAUUUAGAUAGUGGUCCAAGAAAAAUGAAAAUUAAAUUGACGAAUUUGUUGGUGUAAUUUUGCAUUGCAAAACUGACGUUAAAGUAUUUCUGAAAAAAAAAGAAUAAAACUCAAAGUACUGAUUUUGAACUUCGACAUGAAAGCGUGUCUUUGUACUCUGUGAUGAUGUGAAAUAUAACUCGAAUCAUCCAUUCAUUUCACUCAAUUACAGAAUUCAAUUCCUAGCGAGGAAAAGCUGGGCGAAAUGAACAAUUUUUUCAUCGCUAAUAACUCUGAUUUUUCUGCGCUGAGGCAUUGAAAAUUUUAAAAGUUCCAUUUUGUCCUGCUUUUCUCCAAUUGAAAAAGACAAAAAUAGAGACGGUGGAUUGUUUUUUUUUCUUAAUGAGAAAAUUUGUUUAUAGUUGAUAAGAUUCUUCCGUUGAUGCACUACUUCUGGCUGCUUCAAAAAUUCAGUAGAAUGAAAGAAGAAAAAUUAAAUUAUGCAGGUACCACAGACCUAAUUUUGCUGAAACUUAAACUCAAAGAAAUCCAAUGAAAUGUUCCACUUGAUUACUUUCCUUGAUAAACGUAAUUAGAAAUGUGAUGAAUUAUUUUUCCGAAGUUGAUUGAUGUAGUGCGUCGAUGGAGGUAAUCUGAUUGUUAUUUUACUUGUCAUUUUUAUGUCACGUUGUUUAAUUUUACUUGGAGCCAUAAGUCAUAUUAUCUAUAAUCCUAUACGUACAGAUGAAAGUAAUAUUAUACAUUCAAUUAUCAUCAUGUGUCUGUCAUUAUGACUUUUUCUUUUGAUUGCCUCAAUGAAAUUUAUAUUACGAAAAUAAUAAAAUAGAUAGCGGUUUGUAUACAACAUAA